AAAAGUGUCACGUCUGUUUGCGUGGACACAAAAAUAAUAGACUUUUACAAACUUUUAUUAUAAUUGUAAAUAAAAUUUGAUUAAAAAUAUUUAUUAAAAUUAUUGGAUAAUUUUAAAUAACAAAGAGGUUAAGUUUUUUUUUCAUAAAUGUAUUUACUGAAUUUAAAUUAAAUUUUUUAACAAUUAAAUAAUACAAAGAAAGCAAAAAAAAAAAAAAAAUAUUUAUACUUAAAAAAUGCCGAGAUUAUCAAUGAUUCCUCGCACAUCGCGAAUUGUUGCACUUUGUUCAGCAGCAAAUUUUAUAAAUUCAGCUGAUAGAUUAAUAAUGCCAAUAGCAAUAGUGCCAAUGUCAGCUGAAUACAACUGGAGUCUUCAUUUACAAGGAUGGAUUCAUUCAGCAUUUGCAUUUGGAUAUUUUACAAGUCAGAUUAUUGGAGCAUGUACAGCAAGUAAAUUUGGUUGUAAAAAAGUAUUGAUGUCUGCUGUACUACUUUGGUCAAUAAGUACAGUGAUAACUCCAUUUUUAGCACAUUCAGUUCCUCUAUUAAUUACCUGUAGAGUUAUUCUUGGUCUUGGUGAAGGCUUAGGUUUACCAGUUAUAUUUCAUUUAUUCGCACACAGCGUACCAGUUGAAGAAAGAUCACGUGCUUUCGGUUACCUGGUUGCUGCUGGAUCUGUUGGACAAGUUUUUGCCUCAAUUCUAUGUCCUAGGAUAGCAUGGCAAACUGGUUUUUAUUUAUUUGGUACAUUUGGUAUUAUUUGGACGUUAUUUUGGAUGAUAAUUUAUCACGAAUCAAGUACCCAAGAUGAAAUACCGCUAUUUGUACCAAAGGUAUCACAAAAUAGAAAUAUUCGAUGGAUGGAAAUGAUUUAUCAUUGGCCACUUUGGUCAUUGUAUAUAGCCCAUUUUGCAAUGAACUGGAGCAAUUAUAUUAUUAUGCAAUGGUUACCAACAUAUUUAGCUAAAAAUUUAUCAGCAAAUAAAGAAAGUCUUAGUCUUACUGCUCUUCCAUAUAUUGUAAAUUCUCUUGUUGGUAUUGUUGCUGGACAUUGUGCAGAUAAUUUAAUUCAAAAAAGAUGGUCAAUUCUUUCGGUAAGAAGAUUAAUGACAAAUAUUGGUCUAAUUGGACCUGGACUGUUUCUUUUAGCAUUUUGUGCUGUAAAUAAUUUACUUUCGGCUGUGAUUUUUGUAUCAAUUUCAAUGGGUCUGUGUGCGUGUAAUUCGGCUGGACAUUUAAGUAAUCAUGCUGAUGUUGCACCUAAUCAUGCAGGAAUAACAUUUGCAAUAUCAAAUACAAUUGCAACAAUUCCUGGUAUUCUUUGUGGACCACUUACUGCUGAAUUAGUAACUGCAUCAAGUGGUAGAUGGAUGCCAGUAUUUGCGUUAGCAGCUGCUAUUAAUUUUACGGGUGCUAUAAUUUAUCAGGGACACAGUUCUGCAUUGCCAAUUGUAUAAAAUAAUAGAGUAUUUUAAUGGCAAGUGAAAAAUAUAUUUUUUUUAACUUGAGCUAUAUGACCAGACAUAUCAUGAUUUUUUUAAAUAAUUAAAAAUAAUUUUAAUUAGACUUUUUCUCAGUCGUGUGAUAAAAUAAUCAUUGCAUAAUAUUAAUUUCGAAUGAAAAGUUAUUAAAAAAUUGUAAAUGAUGUAAGAAUGAAAAAACUUACUGUAAAUACGAAAAAAAAAAGAAAUUAUUAUUGAAAACCAAAUAUAUAUAUAUAUAUAUUUUUUUUUUUUUUUCUUUUAUUAUUUUACAUUUAACU